AUGGAGCAGAACCGGGUUGUACUUCCCGGCUUCGGUCAGCCCCUGAACGAUCAUUUACCCACAAUUGAAAAAGAGGGUCCGUGCAAAGGCCAGCGUCGACGAUUCCCUCAUGCACUAUGUGACACUUGCUAUAGCGAGGGCGUCUCUGUGCGGGAGCGCCGAAUGUUAGAUUUCAUCAAUAAGAUCACCGAUAAGCCAGAGUGGGAGCGGAAGGUCUUCGAGGAAGACAUCGUGAGCAAAUGGCGCAAUGAAGCGUGUGUACACAGCGAAGAGCUCGAGGAUGACUAUCUAUCCCCUGCUAUGUUCGAUUAUUGUAUCGAAGAACUUCGCGACAAAGCCGCGUUCUUCAAGGACUCACAGAUCGUGUCUGUCUAUGACUGUGAGACCGCAAUCGUCAAGUCUGAUUCAGCAGUCACGUCACUCUUGGCGGAGUCGCUGCGCAGCAAUGUGCGUGUCUUGGAAGAUGUCCCGGGACAUCUGAAAGAUUGGCAUCCUGGGUCGGAUGAAAAGGUCCUGGAUUUGCUUCACCCGUCGCUGUUUCCCUUGAUCUACGGACGUUCACGCGCACUGCCUUAUGGGACUGUGCCGCUUGAUGAUUGUGCCCGCUUCACUGGAGAGGGUGAGGUAGUUGACCCCGAAUAUGAUGGGCACCAGAAACUAUCUCAGCGAAGUGAAGGGUCACUGCCGGAAUGGGGUAGCUUCCAAUGGCUGCCAUCCAAUGUUGAGUUCGACAAAGACGGUAUUCCCAAAAUUGUCAGUUACAUCAACAACCUGCACCCCAGGCGGCACAAGGAGCUCUAUGGAACGCUAGAAAAGUUCGUCGCAGCUGCAAUUCCGCUUUGGAACGAGUGUCUUUCGUGGGAUGAGACUCGUCUGAGGAUUGAAUUCCGGGGAGGAUCCGACGAGGACUUCAUGAUUCCUGAUGGAAUUACCUUUACUCCAAAUGAGGACGACGUAGAUUCACCCGAGAAGGUCCGACCUUACACGUACCAAGAGGCUUGCGAGGACAAGGACAUCUGCUACACAGACAGGUUUGAUGUUUGGUAUAGGGAAAACCGAGUCUUCCCUGAGCGGGAGCCGGAGCCAUUCCAGUCUCGCCGGCAAUGGGAGGAAAAGGCCGAACACCGCGCCGCCGAUCUGCAAGCGCACUUUGCUACGUCUGGACUGCAAGUUAUCUUUAAGCUCGCGAAUAUCCACCUCACCCCUGAAAAGCCAGAGUACGACGGCGGUACGUGGCACAUUGAAGGAGCGCUGAACGAACACAUUGUCGCCACGGCUCUCUAUUAUUACGAUGAGCAGAAUAUUACACCUAGUCAUCUUGAGUUUCGGCAGUCUAUGGACGCGGAGGAUUUUACGUACAGACUUCCUCAGUAUGAAUACAAGUCCACAGAAAUCUUCUACGGAAUUGCAAACGAGGAGGUUGCAGUACAAAUGCUCGGCAGUGUUCUGACCAAACCUGGUCGACUUCUCGCUUUUCCAAAUGUCCUCCAGCAUCGAGUCCAGCCAUUCAAACUGGCUGAUGCCACAAAGCCUGGUCAUCGAAAGAUUCUGGCUAUGUUCUUGGUGGAUCCGUAUAUACGCGUACUCUCCACAGCAAAUGUGCCUCCCCAGCGAAAGGACUGGUGGACAGAGGAAGUUCGGAAGGUGCCCCCGUUUCAGGGUUUGCCGUUGGAACUGUUCAAUAUGAUCAUCGACGAAGUCAGAGACUUUCCACUUAGCUGGGAUGAGGCGGUGGGCGUUAGAGAAGCCCUCAUGGAUGAGCGAGGCGCACUGAUUGACUAUACCAAUGAUACGGUAGAAGAGAAUACUUUCAGCUUUUGUGAACAUUAA